AUGUUCUGGAAGAUUCGAGCUUUCUUCCAGGCGAAAAUGGAAAGGGGAAGUCGCGACUGGAAUUCAGUAGCCAUUCGUGCGCAGGAGCUUGACCGAGCCUUUAUGUUCCUGCGAGACAUGCAGGAGCAACGGAUAGCCCAAAACAUCAUGACCUGGGCCCCAGUGAUUGAAGCUGUCUGCAAGUAUGGGGAUGACGCGGCAGUCCAGGACGGUUUGCAAAGAAUGCUCCGGGCCGGCGUGGCGCCGCAGGGUCGGGCCCAGCAGCAGCUGGAGGAGCCCUUGUCGGACCGAGCGGUGAGAGCGGAGAGCGCUGUAGUGUUUAACGAGGGAGCCGGCACUGAGGCUUGA